AGGCGGAGGAGGCAGAAGAGGACUGAGAGGCAGUGGUUGUGACGAAGAAGGUGGAGGACGAGGUAAAGAAGAAGGGGGAGGCCGCGGCAAAGAAGAUAAAUUCUCAAAAUUCAGAAACAGAUUCGAAAAAGCCGCGAACAAACCUCUCGGAGAAAUGGGAUCAGGAAUAACAAACAAUGAAACAGGUGGUAGCGGACACAACAGAAGAAAUUACAGAGAUUCGCCGCCAGAUGGAACGAUAAGUGACGCGCCGUCAGAAAGAACGUGGAGGAAAGCAGUUUAUGGUGAUGCUCCACCCCCGUCUCGUUCAUCUAGGAGGCGAGGAGAUGAAUUUGAAUCGGAACUAAGUGCCUUUGAAGACGAUGGUGCUCCAAGCAAAUGGAGAUAUGGUCCAAGAACAAGUACUCCAAAUCCUAAUCCUAUACAGGAACACGAAUAUGAAGAGUCUAGGAGUUCUCGGAAAGAACGACGAUCCCAAGGGGGAAGCAGAGACGGUAAACCCGGUUUUAGCCGGUCGUCUUCGCGAGAUAGCAUGCUGGAUGACAAACCUAGAAGACGUCGCCAUGGUAGCAAAGAAAGACAACCAGAAGGUGCCUUAAAAUCAGAAAAUUCGUCGCUAACCCCAGAGAACCUUUCUUUAAGGGAUAGCAUUGAAAAAGUUGAACACUGGAAACAAAAUCUCCUCACAGAACCUCACAGACAUCCUGGCGUUGGUGCUGAGAAAAAUCGCGAUAAUUAUAACCGACAUCAAAGACCUGAACCUCGUGAAGUUUCACCUGAAAGAAGUGGCUCCCGAUGGAAGCAAGACUCACGCUACAGUCGGCAAGAGUCACGUUCUGCAAGAGAAGAUUCUCCAUCAUUUUCGCGGGAUUCUUCGCCGAAUCGCCGAAAUAAAUACCGUGCACACAAGCAUUCGUCCAAAGGCAGUGAGAUUGAUUCCCUAGCUGAGAGGGACCAAAACCUACCCAAUAAAGACUUCCGGAAAUCAGACCUUAAUAAAGCCAAUGUAGAAGUAAAUCAGAAUGUAUUCCGUAAAGUUGGAAAAGGUUCUGGCAGUUCUUCAGAUGCUUUCACAAGAGAUGAAUCACCGAAUGCAAAUAUAAGAAGAAAUGUGGCUCCAUCACGACAAACUUCCAAUGAGUCUGGUCGUCGUAUUAGACGAGAAAAUUCACGUGAAGAUAUAAUCGAUGAUCGACAACCGCCUCACGGUGGAUAUCGACACCCGGGAUCUAGACCUGGGGAAGGUUUUGAAGGUGCAAGCGAUAGCGGUGGUUUUUCGCGUGAAGAUUCGCCUAACCGCUACAUGCGGGGUGGAAAGCCACCGCUACCAGGUAGAGCAAGUAGACAAAGCUCUGUAGAAGACAUGUUGGAUGAAAGAAGAGGCCCACAAAGACAGGUUUCUCAAGACAGAAGUGACAAACGCAAAGGAACAUCAACAGCAAAUGGCACGGCAACGAACAACACAGAAUCGACAACUGUUCCACAACAACAAAAGCCCAAACCGCGGGCUUUUGACAUUUUCAACAAGAAAGUCAACGAUGAACAACAAGUACAAGAACCAGCUAAGAAAGAUCAUCGCUCGGCUAAUCGCAACGAACAGACUUCUGCCGGUAAAAUGAAGCACGGUCCUUUGAAAGGUGAAGUUUCUUCAACUUCUGAAGCUAUGUGGAGCAAAUUACAGCGAAGGAAAGGAGAUGUCACUGUCAGGGACAUUCUUGAUAUCUGUGAAAAAGCUCGGAAACCAAAGGUCAUUCGUGUACCCGGAUGGGACGGUGAUGACACAAAAUUCCAAGGUUACCAAACUUUGGAUGAAAUGCUGGACUCUUUUGCAAUUGAUGUUCCUAAGUUGGAUGAUUGUGCCUUACAAAUAUUCCGUUACCGAACUGGUGUCAGUGAAUAUGGAACCUAUUUGGAUUUGGAGUCCACCCUAGCCGAGCAGGCCGAAGAAUUAGAGGGAUUUGUGGAUAAGAGGUCAUCAAGAGAGCAAAGUCGGCAAAAUGCUAUGAUUCUAAGAACGCAACUAAAUGUGCGUGUACAUGCUGUAAUUGAGAAACUGCUAAAUUCAAGUGGACGGGAACUACGUCGAGCUUUAUUCUCAUUGAAACAAAUCUUCCAGGAUGACAAAGAUUUAGUCCAUGAGUUUGUGGAAAAUGAUGGCCUUGACUGUCUCAUUAAAGUCGGUGCUGAAUCAGACCAGAAUUACCAAAAUUUUAUCCUUAGAGCUCUUGGUGUAGUGAUGCUCUACGUUGAUGGUAUGAAUGGUGUGAUCCGGCAUAACGCAACUGUGCACUGGCUUUACUCUUUACUUUCUUCCAAACAUAGACUUGUAGUGAAAACUGCCCUGAAGCUACUAUUAGUGUUUGUGGAAUACUCUGAGCUGAACACCCAGCUACUCCUUCGAGCAAUCAAUAAUGUGGACAGACAACGUGGGGCGAAACCAUGGACAAACGUCAUGAAUAUUCUGGAUGAAAAAGGCGGGUCAGAUUCUGAGCUUUUAAAUUAUGCUAUGACCCUUAUUAAUAAGGUGUUAUAUGCCAUUCCUGAUCAAGAUACAUUCUAUGAUGUCAGUGAUGCUCUGGAAGAACUUGGUAUGGAACGUAUCACGAAGAAGCACAUGAGAAAGAAGGGAACUGAUGAAGAACUGAUGAAGCAAUUUCAAAAUUAUGAUAUUGCUUUACGACAUGAAGAUGGCAAUGAUGGUUUUGAAAUCAGUCAAAUGGGAAGCCUUCGACUUGUGCCAAGAGUUCCAUGUGAAGAAGAACGAAAGAGCCGCAGAUAUGCAAAAUAUAAGAGCCCAAGGUUUGCCCCACCUGAGUCUGCUUUGAGUAAAAUGAAAGGUGCUGAAGAGUAUAAGGAAAAGAAAAUGAAAGAGAUGCAAAACAUCCGUAUUGUACCUGAAGACGCUCCUGAUGAGGACUUGGUUUCUAUGUACCGAAACAAGAAACAGAAGGAGAAAGAAAUGAUAAAUAACCAACAGAAGAAACGGCAGUCAGUUGAACAGAAAGCAUCAAUAUAUCUCAAUGCGCAGCAAAAACGGCAGGAGCGAAGACAGCAUCAGCGCUCUCUUAUAAAAGAACAAGAAAUAAAGAAAGACACUCCUGCCAAAACAUGGCUAAAUUCCUUAAUUCGUAGAUUUUCCACUUCUGCUCCCUCACCACAAUGUGAGGAGACGAGCAGUGAUCGAUCAUUGUCUCAAAAUAACCUUAGUAAUCCCCAGUGUGUGGAUGUGAAUGCUUUUAUUGAGCAAGACAAGAAAGAAAAUUUGUCACCUUUACAAAAAUGGCGGGAGUCGAAAAUGGGUGGUUUUACUCCAAAUGCAGAGGAAGAUGUCGAUCCAGAAACUUGGAGAAACUCUAUCAAUAUCCAAGCUGAAGAGCGCCCAGAGAAACAAGAUGUUCCUGAAAUGCCAAACAAACAAUGGGCUACAGUUCACAAGAAGCCUGCAGAACCUGAACCAGAGCAGGAGAAAGCCAUAAAUAGUAUUCGGGAUCGAUUCCAAGUGAAGACAGGUGAAGCGAAGCCAUCUAUUGAGGUUACAGCACCCCAGGGUGAUGUGAGCGGGUUUAUUAGUAAAAUGAAGGAGGAUUUGAGCCAAAAGUCAAUAGCGAAACUACCAGAACCACCGAAAGAGGUUCCAAAACCUGAAGUUAAGAAAUCUGAAGGUGAUCUAGAAUGGGAGAAGAUUAGUAAGAGACUCAGUCGUCCUUUGAAGAUUAAAAACAUGGACUUCACUGACCUACAUCCUGACGAUGACACUGACAUAUUCUCCACUCCCAUACCUGGUUUUGGUGGCAGUGCUGUGCCUCCGCCUCCACCACCACCUGGAGGGUUACCCCCACCACCUCCACCGCCACCUGGCGGGCCCCCACCGCCACCCCCACCUCCAGGUGGUCAUGGGCCACCACCCCCACCUCCUAUACCUGGAGCCCCACCUCCACCUCCACCACCACCCUUUGGAAGACCUGGCGUCCCAAUGCCACCCUCAGCACCUCCAGCUCCUUCCCCACCUUCUAUGGCCAUUAAGAAAAACAAAAAGACCUUGAAGCUUCACUGGAGACCAUUGCAAGGCAAUGUACCUCCACACCCUGUUACCAAAGGAGAGACAAUUUGGAACAAAUUAGCGCCAGUCAAAAUAGAUACCCAGAAGUUAGAACAUUUAUUUGAAUCUAGAACGAAUGAUCUGAAACAAAAGGAAGUCGUGCAGAAGGCUGAUACAUCAACCAAGAAAGAAAUCACAGUCCUGGAUCCAAAGCGCUCAAAUGCAAUCAACAUUGGUCUCAAGGUGUUGCCUCCACCUCGUACAAUCAAAGCUGCUAUAUUAAAAAUGGAUAGUUCCGUAAUAAACAAAGAAGGAAUUGAAAAAAUAUUGUUUACAAUGAUCCCAGCUGAUGAAGAGAAAACUCAGAUUUUAGAUGCGCAGAUGUUGUAUCCUGACACACCCCUGGGAACUGCUGAGCAGUUCCUUCUUAUAUUAUCAUCUAUAAGUGAGCUGCAGGCACGGCUUCGCCUAUGGUUGUUCAAAUUAGAUUAUGAAACGCUAGAACAGGAAAUUGCAGAACCAUUAAUGGACUUGAAGAAAGGAAUUGAAGAAUUACUUGUUAAUAAAACAUUCAAGUACAUAUUAUCUGCAAUGUUAGCUAUUGGUAGUUUCUUGAAUGGUACACAGGUACAAGGCUUUACAAUAGAUUACUUGGCUAAAGUACCAGAAGUGAAGGACACAGUCCAUAAACAUUCUUUACUUCAUCAUUUAUGCACCAUCAUCAUUGAGCAGUUCCCAGAUGGUACAGAUCUUUAUUCAGAGAUUGGGGCCAUUAACCGGUGUGCAAAAAUUGAUUGGGAUGAACUUGCUGAGAAGCUGGAGAAAAUGGAAUUAGAUUGUAAAAAUUCCUGGGAACACUUAAAAGCAGUUGUGAAACACGACCGAUGCUCAGCCUUGAAGAGCAAAACUUGUGAAUUUCUACAAGAUGCUGCUGAAAGAAUUAUGAUUUUGAAAAUCAUUCACAGAAGAGUUGUUACAAGGUACCAAAAACUGUUGAUGUAUAUGGGGCUUCCAGUUAGUGUGGCUAAAGACCAAAAAAUUAGUCAGUUCUGUAAAGUGAUCAGCGAAUUUGCUCUAGAGUACCGAACGACUCGAGACAAAGUGAACCAACAGCUACUCAAGAAACAGAAUCAACGAGAGAGGAAGAAGACGCGUGGUAAAAUGAUUGUUGAUACUGAGAAGUUUGUCAAAUCUAAAGAACAUGUUGCAGAGGAUCCUUUACAGAAAUUACUGGCCAAUGGCUACACAAGUGCUGACGAACGUGGUUUACCUGGUCAGCUCUUGAGGAAAAAAGUUGGUCGAGGUUGUCUAACAACAGAUUCUGAGAUGUAUGAUACUGCUGAUGAUGAAAUUUUAGAAGCAUGUGUACGAACAGCAGCCACACCACUAAAGAGACCACAGAAAGAAAGACGACGUUCUAGAGGACCUCGGAAAUCUUGGACCUGGGAAAAUGGCCUCUAGUGCGACGGACGCUUAAAGGAGGAUUAGAUACAGAAGAAUUGGAAACCAUUGCUGCUUAUAGCGAAGAAGUUUGAAGUUCCAGUGCUUUUUCUAUGCUAAGUUGUACUACUGAUGACUAGUACAGUUCUCGAUGACUUCCGCCCAUCAAGUAAUUAUGUCAGACAGAUAUUUGGCCCAGCUGCCUGUCUGUCUUACCUUGUCUUUCAGUACUCUAAGCUACAGCCUAUUUCAGCAACAGUAAAACACCUCCAAAACAAAUCUGCUCUAAUUUAUUGCAUUAGAAUAUAAGGAAAUGAUUGAACAUAUUAAGGGUCAAAGCUGUUGACUGAAGCCACUUCCAAAUUUGCUAAGUCAAAAAAAUAAAUAUCUACAUAAGUUCUGAAAUCUUUAAGGAACUGUAUUUAUUUAAAGAAGAAAUGAUGGUCAUUGGCUGAAAGCAAAACUUGAAAAUCAAAAAACUUGCUGUUUGUACUGUGAAUUAUUAUUGUUACUUUUUUUUUUUCCUUUCAUUUUUCAUCUUCCUGGAAAAUUAUAAAUGCCACAAUGUAGAAUUUGGAAGAGAAAACAAAAAUAAAUAAAUGAUUUCGGGUUUUUCAAAUGUUUUAAAAACUGGAUUUUUGUUAUUUUAAGUUUGCUCACUGUAAAGAAAAAGAAAUUCAUAGCUACGGAUUAACACAAAAUUUCAUUUCAAGUAACAUCACAUUUUUUGUUAAUUAGGUGAAUUUAAAUUGAAUUUAACGCUAACAAAAUAACAUGUGGUUUGAUAAGAAAGUUUCUUGGGCAUAUAGUGCUUAAGACAUAUUUGACUACUAAAAACUAAAGAACAAAAGUAACAAAAACUCGUAACAGAAUCAGGCAGCAGCUUUUGUACCCAGCUAAAGACAUAAGAAUUUAAAUCUAAAACUUGUUCACACAAUUCCAGUUUAGAGCCCUGGGCUGCUUCAUCAAAACUGUCAUGCUAAUGGUUUCACUAUUGAUUAACGUCACAGCUUCUGCUUCUGAGAGAAUUUCCUCUUCUGUUCAAAAGUAAGAAGGAUUUGGAGUGUUUAGGGACAUCUAGCUAAAAAAGGGAAUUAAUUGAAGCGAUAGAUGCAGAUUAAGAAAAGCAAGAUUAGAUUUAGUCUAAUUUUAGUGCUAAUGAUAUUUUAAAAAUAUUUCAAAAUAAUUAAGAAAUUUUUAACGAGACUACCUUAGGCAUAAAAAUUAAAUGCUAAGUAAUGAGUUUUAAAAUGUUCCAUUUUUAAAUUCUGAUAAAUUAAUUUAGAAUGUGUGAAAAGUUUAUAAAAAUUUUGCCCUCUCAAAGAUGUCUUCAAAAACAAUUUUUUCGUGAUAAUUUUUAAGGGCAAUAUUGGAAAAAUAAAUUAAAAAAAAAAACAGAAAAAGCUGUUCAUAAAAUAAGGAUUUUAUUUAUUUAUUUAUUUAUUUAUUUACUACACCACAGCUUUGUCUUCAGUUUCUAUUUUAUCUCAUGAGAUUUUUCUUUUUUUUUUCUUUCAUUGUUACAUCUGUAUGUUUUAAGUCCAUGUCGGUUUUCAGUGUUUUGUUAAAGA